GCGAGGCUGAAAAAGAUGCUGUCUAAAAAAAGAUGCUGGAAGUGCCUGCUGCUGCCAGGUUUUAGCGCGACGUGGAGAUCGCGACGUUGGCCUGCAGAUCUUAGCGCUAGACAGGCUUGGAACCUGCCCGCGCGGCCACGGCAAGAAGGCGGGACCGCCGCAGGUCACAGCGGAGACGCGAGUGGGCGGAGCCGGAGACACUCCGGGCUUGCGGAUGGUCGGCCCGCGGCGGGCGGGGCCUCGCGCAGCGGUGUGGGGGCGGGGCCCACUUGGCUUCUUUCGGCGUUGGCCUGGGUGCUACGCGAGGGCGCGCGGACCCCGCACUGGCGGCGGAGCCGGUAUGGGCCCGCCCGGCCCUGGGCUCCGAGCCGCGCGAGCACCAGCCUAGAUCCAGUGACACCCCUGGACGUGGUGAAGGUUCGCCUGCAGUCUCAGCGGCCCUCCAUGGCCAGCGAGCUGACGCCUUCCUCCAGAUUGUGGAGCCUCUCCUAUACCAAAUUGCCCUCCUCUCUCCAAUCCACAGGGAAGUGCCUCCUGUACUGCAAUGGUGUCCUGGAGCCCCUGUACCUGUGCCCAAAUGGUGCCCGCUGUGCCACCUGGUUUCAAGACCCUACCCGCUUCACUGGCACCAUGGACGCCUUCGUGAAGAUCGUGAGGCAUGAGGGCACCAGGACCCUCUGGAGCGGCCUCCCCGCCACCCUGGUGAUGACUGUGCCAGCUACCGCCAUCUACUUCACUGCCUACGACCAACUCAAGGCCUUCCUAUGUGGUCGAGCCCUGACCUCUGACCUCUACGCACCCAUGGUGGCUGGCGCUCUGGCCCGCUUGGGCACCGUGACUGUGGUCAGCCCCCUGGAGCUUAUGCGGACAAAGCUGCAGGCUCGGCAUGUGUCGUACCGGGAGCUGGGUGCCUGUGUUCGAGCUGCGGUGGCUCAGGGUGGCUGGCGCUCACUGUGGCUGGGCUGGGGCCCCACUGCCCUUCGAGAUGUGCCCUUCUCAGCCCUGUACUGGUUCAACUAUGAGCUGGUGAAGAGCUGGCUGAAUGGACUCAGGCCGAAGGACCAGACUUCUGUGGGCAUGAGCUUUGUGGCUGGUGGCAUCUCAGGGACGGUGGCUGCAGUGCUGACUCUACCCUUUGAUGUGGUGAAGACCCAACGCCAGGUCGCGCUGGGAGCGAUGGAGGCUGUGAGAGUGAAUCCCCUGCAUGUGGGCUCCACCUGGCUGCUGCUGCGAAGGAUCCGCGCCGAGUCUGGCACCAAGGGACUCUUUGCAGGCUUCCUUCCUCGGAUCAUCAAGGCUGCCCCCUCCUGCGCCAUCAUGAUCAGCACCUACGAGUUCGGCAAAAGCUUCUUCCAGAGGCUGAACCAGGACCGGCUUCUGGGCAGCUGAAAGGGGCAUGGAGGCAAGGACCCCGUCUCUCCCAUGGAUGGGGAGAGGGCAGGAGGAUACCCAGCCAAGUGCCUUUUUCUCAGCACUGAGGGAGGGGGCUUGUUUCCCUUCCCUGCCGGCGACAAGCUCCAGGGCAGGGCUGUGCCUCUGGGCGGCCCAGCCCUUCCUCAGAUGCAACUUCUUCCUGCUGCUCCAAUCGUGGGGAUCAUCACUUUCCCACCCCCCAAGUUCAAGACCAAAUCUUCAGCUGCCCCUUCGUGUUGCCCUGUGUUUGCUGUAGCUGGGCCUGUCUCCGGAAACCGAGAAACCCUCAGCCUGGCAUAGUCUCCCUGACCCCUGUUAAUUCCUUUAGUGUAAAGAUGAUGAACUUCUG